ACAAAGAAAACCGAAGCUCUACUGUGAUUGGAGGAGGAGGGGUCACGUGGUCAUCGUGCUAUCCGGAAAGAUGACAAAUGUUUUGUAACGAUUCAGGACACGCUGGACCAAAAUGGCAUCCUACUUCGAUGAACAUGACUGCGAGCCCACCAACCCUGAGGAGCAGUACCGCCAGAAUGCGCUGCUGGAAAUGGCCAGGUUUUUAAUACAUGGCAACGCCUGGUUUGACGCACCCAGGUUCGACCUGUCAGAUUGGGACCAGCGGCUUCCUCCUCCAGCUGCCAAAACUGCUGUUCAGACCCUCACUGUGGUCAUUAUAUCUCCCGAACAAGCAGACAAAGGUCUCAAGUGUCCUGUGUGUUUGCUGGAGUUCGAGGAACAGGAGACGGUUCGAGAAAUGCCUUGCAAACACCUUUUCCACUCAGGAUGUAUACUGCCCUGGUUGGGCAAGACCAAUUCCUGCCCGCUCUGCCGACUUGAAUUGCCCACCGAUAACCCGGAGUACGAGGAGUUUAAAAAAGACAAGGAGAGAAGAAAACAGAGGGAGCACCGGCUGGAGGGCCUACAUGGAGCCAUGUACACAUGACACCACACUGCUGUUGUGCAAGGCUGUGGCCCGUUGACAUUCUAGUUUAAUGAAGGCUUGAAAAAAUGCAUAAAGCUGCAUUCACGCCAUUUCAUAGAGAGUGUCAUUUCAAGCACGGGGAUGGGGAGGAGUGUGAAGUAUUUGGACAAACAAAAUAACUAUCAGAAAAUUGCUGGCAAAAUAUCUGUUAAUCCAACAUACAUUUUAAUACUGGAAAUAUGGAUUGCAGUAAUAAACAUCAGUGUAGAUGGGAUGUCAGGGUAACUAUGGAGGGUUAAUGUAAACAGGUCUCCUCUCCAUUCUGUUGAGAUGGGGCGAAUGCAGCAUAAGCAACAAUGUCAUUAAAUAUUUAAAAUGCUCUUUUUUUUUUUUUUCCCCAUGGGCUAGGAUGAUUAUACUUCCACAUGUUGCUGCCAGCCACACUCUCAAACAUAGAAGUUCAGCCGCUUUUUCUUUUUUUAUAUAAAUUUAUAUGCUGUAAAUGGACCAAACUUGUUCAGCUGUAUUUGUUUGAUUAUGAAAUAAUUAUGAAAAUGAAUAUUUUAACCACA